CAAACUGUCCUCUCUUCCUCAACUAUCUCCUCCCUUCCCUCCAUUCACUUCCCUCUUCUCCCCUCUCUCCUUCUAUUUCCUGUUUUUCUAGCGCGUCAACCGCGCAGUCCUGCCCGUCAUCAUGGAUAUGAACCAUUUAAUAGGUCAACGUUUCAACCUAAUUUCCAAGAGUGAUAUUCGCUAUGUUGGUACUUUACAUGAGAUCAACCCGGAAGCCUCAACAAUAGCCCUGCAGGAUGUUGUUUCAUUCGGUACUGAAGGCAGACGAGGCAAUCCUGCCGAGGAGAUCGCCCCUUCCAACAGUAUCUACGAAUACAUUGUCUUCCGUGGGAGUGAUGUAAAAGACAUCAGUGUUGCCGAGGACAAGAAAGAAAACACACAACCAGAGCCUCCUCAGGUUCCGGAUGACCCGGCCAUUCUAGGAAGUGUAUCUCGUCCGGGACCUGGUCCUCAAAGCCUCCCUCAGCCGCAGCCUCAGCAGCAGCCGCCAACCCAGCAACCACAGGGACCUCGUCCUACACCUCCUGGCUAUCCUCAGCAACCUCAGUUCCCAGGCUACUACCCGCCUUAUGGACAACGCUUUGGUGGGCCCCCCUUCCCACCUGGCCCGGGCUUCCCGAACAUGCCAUAUGGAGCGCCUCCGGGCUGGUAUCCUCCUCCCGGCCAAGGCUUCCCCCCGGGGCCAGGACAAUUCCCCCCUCAGAUGCCGAUUGGACAUCCUGGUCAGCAUCAAACACCACCACCUCAGCGAGCGGGUCCUCCGGGUAUGCCUCAGGCUACUUCAGAGCUUCCCGUUAGUGACCAUCCCGUGAGCAAACCUGUUAGCCCAGAGAUCACGCCGGCUCCUGCUGCCACUGAGGCUGCUCCACCUCCUCCCGUUGCGUCUAAACCCUCUGUGGCAGAGGCCGUCAAGGCUACAACUGGAUCAAUGGAGCCAGCUGGCCAGAAAUUUUCCAAGACUCCUCCAUCCGGCCCGAAGGGAGGGCGGGCCCCCCCUGUCAUCCCCAUCGCAGCUGCAGCCAAACCACCCGUCCCUAAUGUUCCCCUUGCUCCAACUUCGGUAAACAAUGUGACACAAGGCACUGCUCAAGCUGCCAUCACGGAAGCUACUCGUGCAGCUACUGCAGCUGUUGCUGCGGCUAUGGCAAAAUUGCCUCAGCCUAGCGGCCAGAAGAAGGCGCAGUAUCCUGAUUCGUCAGUUGAGGGCGUGGCAAAGCAGAUGGGUGAAAUGAAGCCGUAUGAGAGCAACCGCGGUCCCCGAGGUGGUCAACAUCCUCGUGGUCGUGGAGCCCACCGUGGUCAAUACCAAGGGCCAAUGAAGAAAGUCGAAGUUCCUACUACGGAUUACGACUUUGAAACUGCCAAUGCCAAGUUUAACAAACAAGACUUGGUCAAGGAAGCCAUUGCAACCGGCUCUCCUGCCCAUGAUAUUGAAGCUCCAGCUGAGAUCGCUGCUCCCGAGACCGCCGAUACCGGCUCUGCCAACGCCUACAAUAAAGCUAAUUCUUUCUUUGACAAUAUCUCAAGUGAGGCUCGCGACCGCGAAGAAGGCACUGGUGCCCGAACUGGUGGUCGUGAGUGGCGCGGCGAAGAGGAGAAGCGCAACAUCGAGACUUUUGGUCAGGGCAGCGUUGACGGCUACCGGGGAGGCUACCGCGGUCGCGGAAGAGGCCGUGGUUAUAACCGUGGCAGAGGUGGUUACAGCCGCGGCUAUGGCUCCCGGGGUCGGGGUGGUGUUCGCGGAGGACGCACCAUGUCGCAGUCCACUGGUGUUCCUACUCCCAACUAAUUUUUUUUUUUCUACCUUUUUUCUUUCACGCCCUUUUGUUUUCCUCAUGGCUUGGAAACUGUUUGACGGCGCAUUUAGCGGUGGAAUUGUGUGUUUUCAUUAUGUCUUGUUACUGGUCUGUUUUGGAAGUGACGAAUCCUUCCGACGGUCUCUCUGAUAUUCCCCUGGCGUCUGCGGUAGCAUCCUUUGAAGAACUCGAGUCGAACAUGAUAUCGUGCUCCUCAAGACUUGCGGAUUUAUAUUUGGGAUCCACAUGGGUUACGAUAGGCGGGCUUCGAGAGCAAUGAGCUGGGCUGGCUUUGAUUUUUACACGGUGUCGCAAUGGGG